AUGGAUAAAGAAAACCAGUCGACAGUAACUGAAUUUGUCUUCCUGGGCAUCACUCAAGACCCUCAGCUGCAGACCACCUUCUUCGGGGUCUUCCUCAUUGUGUACCUGGUCAGUGUCGUGGGGAACAUCGGUAUGAUCAUCCUGAUCAUAACAGACACUCACCUGCACACACCCAUGUACUUUUUUCUCUGCAACCUCUCCUUCGUUGACCUGGGCUAUUCCUCAACCAUAGCACCCCGGAUGUUAGCUGACUUUCUAACAAAGCACAAAGUCAUCUCUUUCUCCAGCUGUGCCACACAGUUUGCUUUCUUUGUAGGUUUUGUGGAUGCAGAGUGCUAUGUCCUGGCUGCGAUGGCCUAUGACCGGUUUGUGGCCAUCUGCAGACCCCUGCACUACAGCACUCUCAUGUCCAAGCGAGUCUGUGCAGCUCUUGUGCUGGGCUCUUACCUGGCUGGUCUAGUGAGUUUAGUGGCCCACACGUCCCUCACUUUCAGCCUCAAUUACUGUGGUUCCAAUAUCAUCAACCAUUUCUUCUGUGAAAUCCCGCCGCUCCUGGCCCUCUCUUGCUCUGACACCUACGUCAGUGAGAUAUUGCUGUUCAGUCUGUGCGGCUUCAUUGAGUUCAGCACCAUCCUCGUCAUCCUCAUCUCCUACGCCUUCAUCCUCGUCGCCAUCAUCAGAAUGACUUCCACGGAGGGUCGGCUCAAGGCUUUCUCCACCUGCGCGUCUCACCUCACUGGAGUCACUCUCUUCUAUGGCACAGUCAUGUUCAUGUACCUGCGGCCGACGUCCAGCUACUCCCUGGACCAAGAUAAGUGGGCCUCUGUAUUCUACACGAUUAUCAUUCCCAUGUUGAACCCCCUGAUCUACAGUCUGCGGAACAAAGAUGUAAAAGCUGCUUUCAAAAAACUCAUUGGGAAAAAACCACAAUAG